UAUACGACACGAUGAGUUUAUAUGACAAGACGAGUUUAUAUGACAAGACGAGUUUAUACGACACGAUGAGUUUAUACGACACGAUGAGUUUAUACGACAAGACGAGUUUAUAUGACAAGACGAGUUUAUACGACAAGACGAGUUUAUACGACAAGACGAGUUUAUACGACACGACGAGUUUAUACGACGGGACGAGUUUAUACGACACGACGAGUUUAUACGACAGGAGGAGUUUAUACGACGGGACGAGUUUAUACGACACGACGAGUUUAUACGACAGGAGGAGUUUAUACGACACGACGAGUUUAUACGACACGACGAGUUUAUACGACAGGAGGAGUUUAUACGACACGACGAGUUUAUACGACAGGACGAGUUUAUACGACAGGACGAGUUUAUACGACACGACGAGUUUAUACGACAGGAGGAGUUUAUACGACACGACGAGUUUAUACGACACGAUGAGUUUAUACGACAGGAGGAGUUUAUACGACAAGACGAGUUUAUACGACAAGACGAGUUUAUACGACACAAGGAGUUUAUACGACACGAUGAGUUUAUACGACGGGACGAGUUUAUACGACAGGACGAGUUUAUACGACACAAGGAGUUUAUACGACAAGACGAGUUUAUACGACACGACGAGUUUAUACGACAAGACGAGUUUAUACGACAAGUCGAGUUUAUACGACAGGAGGAGUUUAUACGACAAGACGAGUUUAUACGACAGUAGGGGUUUAUACGACGGGAUGGGACGAGUUUAUACCACACGACGGGACGAGUUUAUACGGCGGGACAACACGAGUUUAUACGACAAGACGAGUUUAUACGACGGGAUGGGACGAGUUUAUACCACACGACGGGACGAGUUUAUACGACGGGACAACACGAGUUUAUACGACGGGACGAGUUUAUACGUCAGGACGAGUCUAUACGACGGGAUGAGUUUGUGAGCUUGUUGUCAUGGUGACCUGUGCGACCUUUGACCUCUCUGUGUUUCCUGUAGAACGAUAACAAUCCUUCAGGAGGAGGUGGGCCCGUCAAGAUCACAGAGCCUCGCUCGAAAAAGAGUUUCUUUAGGUGUAUGCUGCUGUAGGCGGAGCCUCGCCUCAGGGUUGCUCCUCCUACUCCUCCUCCUCUUGCAGGAGGAACAAACCUAUGGAAACAUGAAGAAGAAAAUCACUUCAGACUUUCAGGGAAGUUUCUCUGCUUCUCAAUCGGCUCAAAUCUUUCUCUUUACUUCCUGCAUGCCCUCCUCCUCGUCCUCCUUCUCCUCUUUUUAACUCUCACUGCCGUCCGCUCAGCAGAGACUCAAACGCAGCAUUUAGAAAAUGUUUUUUAACGAAGGAAAAUGUUAUGAAAAAAAAGAGCAUGACAUCAUUGUGUGAUGUCAUCGUGUGUCUGUUUUUGUCUCACUUGUUUCACAUCAGCAGCGAUAAUCAAAGUUUGUUUGAUUAUUAAAUAUAAUUUUAUGAUAUGAAGUCAAAUGAUCAAAUUAAUUAAUAAUUCAAACUUUUAUAAAUGAUUUCAUGGCAGUAUGACAUCAUCAAGUAUUUAACUCAUGAAUUAUUCAUCAGUAAUCUGCAGCUGAUCUUCAGACCAGUCGCUGCUUCACCAUCACGAUGAUGAUGAUUUUUUUGUUGUCAUGUGACACUGGCGUGUUUUUGUGGCGUGGCUGCAGCACGUUGCUGUGGUAACCAAGGUGACAUGAGCGACAUGAAACAAACAAGACGUUUUUCCGACGAUGAGCUGCAGACAAACGUUUGUGUUUUUCUGUAUUUUUGUAUUAUCUUGUGUCUUUAACAGCCGACUGUCUAUUUUAUUUUGAAAAGUUUGAGCUUUUAUUUUUGUAAGAAAUGUUCCAGUGUGUCUUAAAACGUUCUGUUCGUGUUCCUAAAGUGUUACAAAGUGCUUCAUGGGUCUCCUUGAAAACAAUCCCAGGGCUCCCACAGGUGCUUGAAAGUUCUUAAACCUUCUGCUCAUUGUGAACAGUGGGCCUGGAAAAGCCUUGAAAAGUCAUUGAAAUUGAUGUUUGAGAACAUGUGGGAACCUUGAAUUUAAAUGACGUGUCGAUGAACUUCGAUGAAUUUAUUUCAAAUGUUUUUAAAUUUGACUGAAAAUAUAAAAUAUAAUUAUGAAUAUUAAUGAGUUCACUGAUGCGUCAUUUAAAUAAAGUUUAUUGUAAAUGUUUUUCUGAUUUCAGGUUUACAGCCUGCAGCAGUAUUAUAAUCAGCUUCAUUCACAUCCGUCAAUAUGUUAAUUAACAUUCAACUGCACUUUAACUUUUUUUCUGCUUCAACAAUCAAAGUUUUUUCAUUUUUGUUUUGAAUGAGCUGAAAAUGUGACAUCACUUCCUGUGUUGUACAGGAAGUGAUGUCACGUGAAGUCAUAAUGUUUGAAGCUAUGCAAACAGGAAGUUUGUUUUUAUUUCACGCCAUCAGAGUUUAAACUCGUUUGUUUUAAUUGUGAUGAAUAUUAAUGAGGUGAUGAAUAUUAAUGAGGGUUAAACAGAUGAAGGUUCUGAUCAGGACCGGAUGUUCUAACAGAACUUAAAGGUUCUGAUCAGGACCCGAUGUUCUAACAGAACUUAAAGGUUCUGACAGGUUUGAUGAAGAACGUCAUGAUGGUGUGAAAACGUCUUCCACUUCCUGCUCUGUGAUGUCAUCACAGCUGAGCGUCCAAUAAAAGACUUUUUCUAUCA